CGCAAUGGGGAUUGUGGAGUAUUGGCGCGUGCGUCUUUACGUCAUGAACAAGUAGAGGUGCAUAGAGUCCAUCCUUCUACAGCUACCGCGGACACUUGUUAAAAGUUAGCUGUGUUUCUGUUUAAGUUUUUCCGGUGUGUAGUUUUCAUCUAUGUGUUUGUUUUAUUUGCCACACAUUGCUAUGAAGUCGUUAUAGCGGGACCAUCUUCACUUGCAGCAGGAGUGGAACUGUCACUCAGUAGCUGGGGAGGCAGAGCCGCAGCCUUGUCCAAAGAGGUCACAGACAUUGCAAAGGUCCAGGGUUGCUCUGAAGGCGGGACACGCCCUACGUGGCGGAGAUGACACGUCCCCUUAACAUCGCCUUGCUAAGCCUUCUGCUGUGGUGCCUAUUGCCGAUGCAUAUUGAUGGACAAAAACUGGGGGUGCGUACACAGGGGGAUCCUUCAGAAGGCUGUGGUGGUAGAGACUGCACCGUGUGCCAGUGCUUCCCAGCUAAAGGAGCACGGGGUUCUCCUGGUGCUCUGGGGAAUCAGGGUCCUCAGGGCCCCCUUGGUUUUCCAGGUCCCCAAGGCCCCCCAGGGGAGAAGGGUCUCCGUGGUGAUGAGGGCUUCCCUGGUGGUCCUGGUCUGAAAGGAGAUAUGGGCAGUGUAGGCCGAGCUGGAUUCCCUGGCUUGAACGGUGUGGACGGUCAUCCAGGGCCAGGUGGCCUUCCUGGCCUGCCAGGAUUGGAUGGCUGUAAUGGAACCCGUGGCAACUUUGGAUACUCUGGCGUCCCGGGACAAGAUGGCUUACCAGGGCCAUCAGGUUAUCCAGGACUUAAAGGAGGGAAGGGCGAUAUCUCGUACAGAGUCAAUUACUUCCCUGGUCUCUCAGGAGACAUCGGUCUGGCCGGACUACCUGGUCGUCCUGGCCUCACCGGGUCUGUGGGGACGUCGGGUCCAAUAGGGCCAGUGGGUCCUUAUGGAAUCGAUGGAGCUCCUGGUCGGCCUGGCGAGCGGGGUCAGUCUGGUGAUAAUGGAAGAUCUUUACCUGGACAUAAAGGAGAUGAGGGUGAUGUCGGGCCCCAGGGUCCUCCAGGUCCCUUUGAAGUUGUGGACCUUCCAGAGGAAUUUUAUGGGAAAGGAGAGAAGGGAGAUCCAGGGCCAAGAGGGGAAGAUGGGUAUAAUGGUGCAGUGGGUUUGCAAGGACCUCUGGGAGAAAAAGGAGAGAAAGGUGUCCGUGGCUACCCUGGAGAAAGAGGUCCUCAAGGGCUUUCAGGGCCACCAGGUUUUCCUGGAUUUAUGGGCCCUGUUGGAGAUGGCGGUCUACCUGGACUCAUUGGACAACCUGGACCCAAGGGCUACAGUGGAGACAUUGGGUUCAAGGGUCAGACUUUUUACAGUCAAGAAGACUACAGAGGAAUGACAGGGGAUCCUGGGGAUCCCGGUCUCCCUGGGCCAUCAGGGGACCCUGGGGACAUGGGGAUGCACGGACCCCCAGGAGAGCGUGGGGUCUCAAUCCCAGGUCCUACUGGAGAGCCAGGUUUCGUGGGUCUACCAGGCCCCCUCGGAGAGAAGGGGGAUCGGGGUGGUGCACCAGACUAUGUUGUGCCUGGAGAACCAGGGAAAAAAGGGCCACCUGGUGCUAGAGGCUCACCCGGACCCCCUGGCCCUGAUGUUUGCGGAAAGGACUGUCUGCCUGGAGAUCCUGGAGCCGAAGGAGAGAAAGGAGACCAAGGUGCACCGGGCAACAGAGGCGAUAAAGGAAUCACAGGUAGUUUCGGUGACUGUCAAUGUCCAAACGAACCUUUUCCUGGUCCCCCCGGAGACAGAGGUUCUCAGGGGCCGAGAGGCGCUCUGGGUAACCCAGGAGCCUCAGGACUCAGUGGCGAUCCCGGGUUCCCAGGCCGUCCGGGUGCGGUCGGUCCAGUUGGCUUUCCUGGAUCUGAAGGUCCGAUAGGAGAAAAGGGUCAGAAAGGUGAAACAGUCUUCGUCAACGGGCCAGAAGGUGAAAAAGGUGAGUCUGGGCCAAGAGGGUCUGUAGGCCGCCGAGGAUUACCAGGCAGGCUGGGAAUCGGAGGCAGUGAUGGACAGCCUGGACCACCGGGGCCUAAGGGAGAAAGUUACCCCGGGGAUAAAGGGGAUGCAGGGUAUCCUGGAUACUUUGGUGCAAAGGGCCUCAGGGGCCCAGAUGGCCCCCCAGGGGCAAGUGUGCUUGGCGCUCCAGGGCUGCGGGGCUUUGCAGGGGAUGAUGGCUCUCCAGGACCAGUCGGACUGCCAGGGCCAAAAGGAAAUCCAGGUGACACCUUCCCCUGCCCUCAAAAGAACCCAGGACCACCUGGGGACAAAGGAGAACGUGGUUCACCAGGUCCCCGAGGGCUUCAAGGCCCCAGUGGGAUCAGAGGACCUCCAGGGUACAACGGCCCCAAAGGAGAGAGGGGAGAACUAGGACAACCAGGACCACGAGGAAGCCUGGGUCCUCCCGGGUUUAGUGGAGAUCCAGGCCAACGGGGUCCAGAGGGGCCCAGCAUCGAUGGCCCCCCAGGCCCGCCCGGCAGCGAUGGUCCCUCCGGACUCAAGGGACCCAACGGGCCCUCCACUUCUGGGUAUCCGGGUCUGAUCGGGGAUAGUGGACGUCCGGGCUUUCCUGGAGCCAUGGGCCUACGCGGACCAACAGGCGCACCGGGUGCACCGGGUUUGCCUGGAAGGAAUGGAGUACCAGGAGGCAAAGGGCGGGCAGGGGCUUACGGCUACAGAGGCAGAGAUGGGCCAAAAGGAGACAGCCCUCUCUCGUGUCCGAACGGUCCAAAUGGCCCACAUGGUCCACCAGGGUGCAAGGGCAAUGAUGGGCAGGCAGGUAAGAAAGGGGAGCCAGGUAUGAAGGGCCUGCCAGGUCCCCCUGGCGAGGGACAGCCUGGGCCUCCAGGGAAGCCCGGAAACCCAGGAGCACCAGGCUUCCCAGGUUCCCGGGGGGAACAGGGGCUAAAUGGAGAAAAUGGACAGCCAGGAUCCUUGGGACCGAAAGGUCCAAAAGGACCAGCCGGUUGGAAGGGGUUGCCAGGGGAUACUGGACCACCUGGUGCUACAGGACUUGCAGGAAGGAAGGGAGAGCGGGGCUCCGAUGGUCGGCCAGGGUUCCCAGGACCCAACGGAGUGCCAGGAGAGAGAGGUGACAAAGGCAUAGCUGGUGAGCCAGGAAAAACCACUUUCAUCCCCAUCAAAGGCUGGCCCGGAUUCCCUGGACUUCCAGGUGCUCCUGGAUUCACAGGACCUCGAGGUGACAAGGGCUUGCCUGGCAAACAGGGCCUCCUGGGCUAUCCUGGCCAAGAGGGAUUCGCUGGCCCCACCGGCCAGCAGGGACGCAGGGGAAGGGAUGGAGCAACUGGAGCACCAGGCCUACAGGGGGGACUCGGGUUUCCGGGCAACAACGGGGAGCCAGGAAGAGAAGGGGAAGUGGGAGCGCUUGGAAAUGAGGGUUCUGUAGGACAACGAGGCCGUGAUGGAGAAGAAGGUCAAAAAGGUGAUCCGGGUGAUUCUAUUAGUUCUCCAGGAUCUCCAGGGGACAAAGGCCCAACAGGUUACAACUCACCACCAGGACCCCCAGGUGACCCAGGUGAGGUGGGUGAUCGAGGUUGCGCUGGCAACAAUGGAACUAAAGGCGAGCCAGGAGCCCGCGGAUAUGCAGGUGUACCAGGAUUUCCAGGUGUAACAGGUCCUCCAGGCAUAGCAGGUAAGCCUGGCACAGAGGGUCCAAUGGGCGAGGUUGGACUGCCUGGGGGUGAAGGCAGACCUGGACUCAAAGGACUCCAAGGUCCUCCUGGGCCACUGGGACUGCAUGGCCUGGACGGUCUGAAGGGGGUUAAGGGUGAGGUUGGAUCACCAGGGCCUGGGUUUACAGGCCACCGUGGUCCUCCAGGUGCCCAAGGGGAUAAAGCAGAGAGAGGAAAUCCAGGCCCCGCUGGGCCUCGAUUACAGGGUCCCAAAGGCCCCAAAGGCCAGGAUGGAUUCACCGGACCCCCGGGUCCUGGUGGAGCGCCUGGUCUAAAAGGUGAGGAUUGUAAGGAACUCAGAACGGGAGAGUGUGGAGAACAUGGUGUCCCAGGAUCAGAUGGACCACCAGGGCCACGAGGUGACAUGGGUGAUAAAGGGACAGCAUUGCCUAUGCCAGGAGAUGUUGGAACCAAAGGAGACCAAGGUGCCCCAGGGCCGCUUGGAUCGAGUGGCAAUGCUGGACCUCCAGGAGUACCAGGCAUAUCGGGCAACCCAGGACGCAAAGGCGAACACGGAGAAACCGGUUUCAUGGGCUCACCAGGACCCAGAGGUGGUGAUGGGGAUAAAGGGUUUAAUGGAUUCAAAGGCCCGGAAGGGGAAAAGGGAGAGCGAGGUCCUAAGGGGGACCCGGGGCUCACUAUUGAUCCUCCACAUCCCCGUCCUCUACCUGGGCCUCCGGGGCCUCCUGGUCUACCUGGGCCCACAGGGGACCGUGGGUUCUCCGGCCCUAACGGCAGAGAAGGUGGCAAAGGCCAUAAGGGUGAUGCAGGAGACCCAGGAUAUCCAGGAUCCCCUGGAGCACCAGGGGCUAAUGGACCUACAGGAAACCAGGGAGAUCAUGGAGACAUAGGAAUAGGAGGACUACAGGGUCCCACAGGAGAGAUCGGUGAUCCAGGAGAUCGGGGACCCCGCAUCACCUACAACUCUGGUUUUCUAUUGGUCAUGCACAGCCAAUCAGAAUCCAUCCCUGUGUGCCCCUCUGAAAUGAAUGAGCUGUGGACUGGAUACAGUCUCCUCUAUUUGGAGGGACAGGAGAAAGCCCACACACAGGACCUUGGCCAGGCCGGCUCCUGCAUGCGCAUGUUCAGCACCAUGCCCUUCUCUUACUGCAACAUGGCCUCCUGCAACCACGCCAGCCGCAACGACAAGUCCUACUGGCUCUCCACCAACGCGCCGGUGCCCAUGAUGCCCGUCGAGGGCCAGGGCAUCCGUUCGCUGAUUAGCCGCUGCGUGGUGUGCGAAGCCCCCUCUGUGCCCAUUGCCAUCCACAGCCAGGACAGCAGCCUACCCUCUUGUCCGAUUAACUGGAGACCUCUGUGGGAGGGCUACUCCUUCCUGAUGCACACGGGUGCAGGAGAUGAGGGCGGCGGCCAGUCACUGACAUCGUCGGGCAGUUGCCUGCAGGACUUCCGGGCACUGCCGUUUGUGGAGUGCCAGGGCCCGCGCGGCUCCUGCUACUACUUCGCCAACAUCUACAGUUACUGGCUAACCGGCGUGAGCGACGGCGAAGCUAACUUCGGCCACGGCCCCAGCCAGUCCAUACUGAACGACCCGAGAGACCACCGGCAAGUGACCAGCCGCUGCCGGGUCUGCAUGAAGGUGUGACCUGACCCAACCCCCUCCACACCCCACACCCCCCAUCCCCCUCACGCCCACCAACCACACUGAGCAGGCCACACAAAGAGUGGUUGCCCUAAAGGAGGCAUCGGGCAGCGGUGGACUAUGAAAAUUACAGAAGCAGAGGCAGUGAGCAUUCUCAUUUGUUGUCACUUUCCUCCCUCCCCCUAGUUUUCUGUGGCAAGAAGCGACUGUGAACUCAUGGAUGCUCUGUUUUCUUUAAAACACAUUUCUCUGCAAAGAGCAUCUGGCAAAAACAUACUUGAUUUGAUUACCUUUCAAUUUGUGUCUUUUUGUUUCAGACAACAUUUUUUUUUAAAGGCUUAGAUUCUAGGAGCCUCUUAGCAGUGUGUAAUCCUGUGAUGCUAUUGGCUGAUGGUUUGUCAGUCAGUCAAGUGCUGAGUUCUCCAAAGUUAGUCACCCCUAUUUUUAUUGGUUGGGUUGGAGUCAUUUUGGAGUCAUUUCUUCCUUUCCAUAGUAACACAUUCUCCUAAUUGGUGGAUAUUGUCAUUCAGGAACCUCCACUCUGUUUCAUUGGCUCUGCUUCUGCACUGCCUUCGAUGACUUUUGUAAGUGUGUGAAAGCUCAACGAGGAUAAUGAAUACAUCAUGGCUGAACGUAGCUACUGUUAGCGCUAAGCACUUACGCCAUGCCUGUUCCAUUCUGUGAUUUAUGGGCCGCUAACUAGCUGCCCUCUUUGUCCCUCUGUCAGUCAAAGGUGAAUGGCACCUGAAAGAUGUCAUAUUUCCUCUAUUUCUCUCUCACCCUUCUCUCUUCCAACCUGCCUUUCUCUCUCCCUACUCGGUCCAACACAUGGCAAAAGGGGAUACUGAUUGAAGCAUCAUUUGCUUGGGAGAAAAAGCAGUGACGCUCCUUUGAUGUCUGCCCAUUGUCUGUUUAUCUAUCUUCCAAUGUAGGUUACUAUCAUUUUCAUGAUAUAGUGCCUACACACACACACACACACACACACACACACACACACACACACA